AUGAUUUGUAAGUGAUGCAUUUGAUCACAUGUCUGAUGAUCAGAUUUGGUGUACAUAAUAUAACAUUAGCUAUCACAUGAAUAGCAGUACGAGUAAUUUUUUUUCCUUAUAAAAAAGAUUACAUGGAUACCAUAUACAACCGAGAUGUUGGAGGAGUUGCCCCUGGCAGGACGAGAGCAUGCUUUAUGAUAUAUGGCGAGCACGUGUGUCAUUGAUAUGUUUUGACAUUGUUGAGCAGCAUUUGCCUGAUUGUGUACUGCGUCAGUUUGACUAUGAGCAGGUCAUUCAAGCAUCUAUGAGCACAUGUGUGGAUCUUCAUAAGCUAGAUAGGCAUGGGAAGCCUACAGAGGAUUGGUCGCUCAGGCACGUCCGAUACGUCACUGUAUGGGAGAGGCGAGCGGAGCUUGUUGCCACUAGGAUGCCGACAGUACAACCAUCAGUUUCUUUGGACUACAUGAGAUGGUAUUACACCAUCACACGAUUGUUUGCCUCCCCUUCUUUCAAGGUACCUACUCACCAUUAUCAGCCUAGUUCCAUGGUUGUGCACUUGACAGUAAGUGUGCUACUAUAGUUAUUCAUCUCUAUUUAACAUUUUGUAUUUGAAAAUAAUUAUUAUUAAUGUUGCACAUUUCAGACUCUGGCUUUGCAACGUAUACAUGAGCGAGCGACUGCCACAGUGAGUGAGUCACAUGAUGUGGACACAUAUGGUCAAGUUAUGACGAGCAUUGCUUUGUUGUGUUCGAGUGUGUUGGGCGAGUGGACUAUGACCAUCUUUUGCAUAUGACCUCCUCUCAGUUUUCUACACCAUCUUUUUAACAUAAU